GGGGAAUUGUUAUCUAUUCCUCUCUUUCGGAAUCUUGCUGAGAAGAUUAAUCGAUCUUAAAUUGUUUCAAGUGGUGCAAGCAGCUUCGAUUUCAUCUACAAAAUCAAUUCUUGGUCCAAUCAAUGUCCUAGAGCUCACAAUUUAUGGAGAAAUUAAGUAGAGGAAGGUUUCCUUAGACUAAAAUGGAUGGUUAACCAAGGUAAAUAAUAUAAUUAAUUGUAGUGAUUAUUAUGAUCCAGAGUUUAUAAAAAAAAAAGAUGAGAGAGAAAGGUAGAGUGAGAGAGUGGGAUUCAUGCACCGGACACAGGGCGUGGCAUCGUCGGACAGCACUGGGUAGCGAGAAGAUCAGUCUCCAAGAGAGAGGUAGGCAGUGGAAAGGGAAGGAUACAGGGCACCGUAGCUGGAAUGGGAAUCGGAAUGAACACAGAGGUGGGGGGUAUGACAGAGGACAGUGGAAAGGGGGGAACUGGAGUAGGAACAAGCAGUGGGGGUAUGACAGAGGGCAGUAUAAGCAAGCUACAGCCUUCUUUUUUACAAACAUGCCGGAGGAUUGGAGCUACACUGAAAUGUGGAGAACGUUUGGUAAGUUUGGAAGGGUAUUUGAUAUAUAUAGCCCGCAAAGAAGAAACAAGAAUGGAAGGCGAUUUGGUUUUGUCAGGUUCCUUAAUGUAAGGAAUACCAGGGAGCUUGAGAAUCAGCUUGAUAAAAUAAAGGUGGAGGGGCAUAAAUUAUGGGUAAACCUGGCCAAAUACCCAGAGGAGAAAGUUAAAGAGGAGACUGUAAGAAGAAUCUUCCCAACAAAUGAAAUUGUGCCCGGGAAGACAUACGCUGAAGCUGUGCGAGGACAAGUAGGUUGUGGAGCUGGAAAAAGCAAAGAGAAGGUACCUGCAAUCCCCUUGAAGUCUGAAGAAGGUAAAAACAGAGCCCAUGAAAAACAGAAGCAGCCGAAGAGCGGACUAGUUUGGAAACAGAAAAACAGAGGAGAGGUAUGGUCAGGACUGGAGUUUAAUGUGAAAGAAGAAGAGCUACAGUGGUUGCAAGGAAGCUAUGUGGGAGUGGCUCACUCAGUGGAGAUUGUACCCAAUUUACAAGAGAAGUUCUACAUGGAAGGGUACGUCUCAUGUAGAUUAAGAGCCAUGGGGGGAAAAUUGGUCCUCAUGGACGGUGAGGACAAAGAGGAAAUUAAGGAUUUAGUGGAGGGAGCCUCAGAGUGGCUUGGGCAAUGGUUUUCAGAGGUAAAACCGUGGUCACCUGCAAUGGUAGCCAAAGAAAGAUUUGUUUGGAUGAGGUGCCAAGGAGCUCCUCUACAUGCUUGGGGCCCAGAAUUCUUUGAAGAGCUGGCAUUAGCUUGGGGGAAAUGCAUUUGCUUGGAUGACAGCACAAGCAAAAAGAGAAGGUUUGAUGUAGCGAGAUUUUUAUUAUCAACAACAAUAAUGGAUCCAAUCUCCGUCCACCGGAAAGUUAAAGUCAAUGGGGAUAUAUUUGAGUUGAAGUUCUCAGAGGAGGAAUUGUCAAACAGCCUCUUCUCAUUGAAGUAUGAUUUCAGGCCGGCUUUCAAUAGCGACUCAGAGUUGGAUGAGUCUUGGUCGGGCGCCUCGGAGUAUACAGAAGGUUUUGAUGAAGAUAGCGGGGAAGCUGAAAUCGGAGAUGGCGCCGGCGAGGAUACUCCACGCAGAGUAACAAUCCCGAGCAAGGAGAGAGAAAGUAGGUUGGCUGUCACUUCAAACUCAGAGGCAAAAUUUGAAUUCGAAGGGAAGAGUAAUGACGUGGGUUGGUCAGAAAAGAAGGCUAGGCUAUCAGAUAGCAGAGUAGGGGAGGAGGAGUCCGUUGAUGUGGUUGCAGAUAGUUUUGAAAUGGAUAUGGAAGAGGAUGACGCAGGGGAUAGAGCUGAUUUGGGAUUGGGUGCAUCUGGAAGCAAGGAGAAAUCUUUCUCAAAUUCAAAUCCUACAGCAAGUAUGGGAAGUUUUGGGCUGGGCAUGCAGCCCAAUAGUGUCUCAUUAGAAGGAUAUGCUACCAAUGGAACUAGGGCUGAUGAAGGAUUGCCAAAAGAAUUUUGGGCCGUUGAAAGAAUAAAUGGCAGCCCACAAUCGGGGAUUGAAGUGAGGCCCGAAAAGGGAGCUAAAAAGAAGAUGUCACGGGAUUCUGCAGAAAAAGGCAAGAUUAUUCUGGAGAAUGGCAGUUCCUGUAGCAGCGAAAGGAGUUCUUUAGAAGGGUGCAGGGAAGAGGACUCGAGCGCAGCUCAGAAAAAGUACAAGAAAAAAAGAAAGAAAAGGAGCAAAUCGUGCACUUCGGUUUACCAAAAAUCAAUUCUUCUUGGAUUUAUGAAGCAGAAGAAGAAAAGCAGGGGCAGAUGUGGGGCGAAACAAACGGAUGAAGAAGAAGUGCCGGUGUUCUUGCCAAGCACAAACAACUCAAUAGCGGGUGGAUCCGUAGGAGAUAGUGGUAUUCAGAAUUGCAAUAGACUGCUCAAGGAACUCCCCAACAAGCGGAUUGCUACAGACAUAUGGGAGGUUGCGAAGAAGAUUGGGGCUGUGGCAGAGGAUGAAGUUUCGGUCAUCAAGCAGAUUGAGGAGAUGGAGAAGAGAGAUAGAUCGGCAAAGGAGAAAGAAAGCUUAAAAGGGCCGACUAAGGAUCAGAAGGAAACUAAGAAGAGCGGAAUAGAUAGAAAACUCUGUAGGCUGCUGUGGGGGACUGAGGAGUUUGAUUGGGUAGCUAAGGAUCCGGUAGGUCUUUCGGGCGGUAUGGUUUGUGUAUGGAACUCUAAAGCACUCAGAGUGUUGAAAGUUUGGGAGGGUGAGAAUUUUAUCGGGAUUCAAGGGAGAUUGGUAGCAGAGGAUGUUUGUGUUAAUAUCAUUAAUAUUUACUCUCCAUGUCAAUUAGCGGGAAAGAGAAGCUUAUGGGGGGAAUUGAAAGAAUUAGUUCUGCAGACAAGAGGGCUAUGGUGUCUUGUGGGUGAUUUUAACACGAUUAAGAGUGUAGAGGAGAAGGUAGGAAGCCAAGCAGUAACUACUGAGAUGAGGGAGUUCAACAAUUUCAUUAUGGAAGCUGAACUGGUAGAUAUACCAUUAGCGGGCAGAAAAUUCACAUGGUAUCAACCGAGUGGCAAAUUGAUGAGUAGAAUAGACAGGUUCCUAAUGUCCGAAGAGUGGCUGAAUAAGUGGGGGGAGGCAACGCAAUGGGGUCUAACUAGAACUGUAUCUGACCACUGCCCAAUCCUCCUUAGACAUAAGAAAGUAAAUUGGGGACCUAAGCCAUUCAGAUUCUUUGAUACCUGGCUGGAGCAAGAAGGGUGUAGAGAGGUGAUAAGAGAAACAUGGAGAAGGAAAAAAAUUAAUGGGUGGGCCGGAUUUCGCCUCAAAGAGAAACUCAAAUUCACCAAAGAGGCGUUGAAGACAUGGAGCAGAAAUUUUGUCCCAGAAAUAGAAAGAAGAAUAAGAGAGGCUACGGCAGAGAUCUUACAGCUAGAUGUGAAAGGAGAGACAACUCAGCUAUCUACGGAAGAGAUUGAGAGAAGAAGACAGGCAUUCUUGACUCUGUGGGAUAGCAUCAGACACAAAGAGAGUAUGCUGCAACAGAAAUCUAGGAAAGUAUGGCUAGCAAAGGGAGAUGCAAACACGAGAUUUUUCCACAAUUGUGUGAAGGGGAGAUGGAGGAGGAAUGAAAUGAGCAGCAUCCAUGUAAAGGGAGUGCAGAUUACAGAGGCUGAUAAGCUGAAAGAAGAAAUUGCCACUUUUUUUGAGGAAAUAUUCACGGAGGAGAAAUGGAUGAGGCCAUCUAUAGAAGGAACCCAAUUCAAAAAAAUCUCCCCGGCAGAUAAUGUCUUUCUCACUGCCCCUUUUUCUGAAGAAGAGAUUAAGUUAGUUGUUUGGGAAUGCGAAAGCUCAAAAGCACCGGGCCCGGAUGGCUUCAACUUUAAAUUCAUCAAGAGCGAAUGGGAGACAAUCAAAGGGGAUGUGAUUGAAUUUCUCCAUGAAUUUCAGAAGAAUGGCAAGCUGGUGAAGGGUCUAAAUACGUCAUUCAUAGUCCUUGUGCCAAAAGUAGAGAACCCACAGAAAAUUGAAGAGUACAGACCAAUCUCGCUGAUCGGGGGUAUAUACAAAAUCCUUUCAAAAUUGCUUGCUAACAGGCUCAAGAAGGUGCUGGUUGGAAUAGUUGGUGAACAGCAAAUGGCUUUUUUAAAUGGUCGGCAAUUAAUGGAUGGGGUUGUAAUAGCAAACGAGGUCAUUGAUGAAGUAAAAAAGAAGAAGAAGGAAGCAUUUUUAUUGAAGAUUGAUUUUGAGAAAGCGUAUGACAAAGUGAGCUGGAGAUUUCUUGAUUUUAUGUUGCAAAAGAUGGGUUUCUCCAAUAAGUGGAGAAAAUGGAUUAUGGAGUGCCUAAGUUCAAGUAUGGUGUCGGUUUUGGUCAAUGGCAGCCCGACCAGACAAUUCUCUAUGACCAGAGGUCUUCGGCAAGGGGACCCACUAUCCCCAUUCUUAUUUCUGAUUAUUGCAGAAGGGAUUAAUGGGCUGGUUGUGAAGGCAGUGGAGAAAGGCCUUCUUGAAGGUGUAGAAGUGGGGAAUAAAGGCUUCAAGGUCACACAUCUCCAAUAUGCAGAUGACACAUUGUUGUUCGGCAAAGCUUCUGAAGAUAAUGUAUGGGCUAUGAAGAGCAUCCUGAGAACAUUCGAGUUGGUUUCGGGGCUGAAGAUAAAUUUCAACAAAAGUCAGCUAAUUGGCAUUGGAGCAAAGGAAGAGUGGUUAGAAAAAAUGGCAUGGGUAUUGUGCUGCAAAAAAGGGAGUUUGCCUUUCAAGUAUUUGGGGAUACCAAUUGGGGGGAGGUGUGGUAAGCUCUCAUUCUGGAAACCAGUGUUGGAGGGGGUGACCAACAAACUGUCCACAUGGAAAGGGAGAUAUCUAUCUCUAGGAGGAAGGAUUACUCUCAUAAACUCAGUAUUGUCCAGUCUAUCCGUGUUCUGGAUGUCAGUGUACAUGAUCCCGAAAGGCACGAUUCUUUUUAUUGAUAAAAUCCGCAGGAGAUUUUUGUGGGGAGGUGUGGAGGGAGGAAAGAAAAUAAACUGGGUUAGAUGGGACAAGGUUUGUAGGGACAAAGAACAAGGGGGUUUAGGUGUGAAGAAUUUAAGGAAGUUUAAUUUAGCUUUGCUAGGGAAGUGGUGGGGGAGAUUGGUUAACGAGGAAGAUGGGCUAUGGAAGAAAGUUAUUCUGCAGAAAUAUGGUAGGGAAGGGGAACCAAGAUAUAAUUGGCUGAGGGAAAGUAGCGGGUUUGGGUCAAGAUGGUGGAGGGAUAUCUGUAGGUUGAAUGCCAUAGAUCAGGAGAAUGAGGGGUGGUUGGCAAAGGGGCUGAAUAUUAAAAUAGGAGAAGGGGAUAGUGUGAAAUUCUGGUGGGACGAUUGGGGUGGGAGAGGAAUAUUGGCUAACAAAUACCCAAGAUUGUACUUAAUCUCUGCAGGUAAAGACAAUAUGGUUUCACAGAUGGGUCGGUGGUACAAUGGCAGCUGGAUAUGGGAACUGCAGUGGAGGAGAAGGUUAUAUAGCUGGGAAGUCCAAGAAGAAGCAGAGAUCAUGAAGGAAAUUCAGGAAACAACAAUCAUGAAAGGAAGAACUGAUGUGUGGGAGUGGGUACAUAGCAACAAUGGGGCUUACACAACAAAAUCUGCUUACAAGGCUCUCAAAAUGGAGGUCGAGCAAGAACAACAAGGAGUGAAUCUCCAAAAAGUAUGGAAUGCAAUGGUGCCAAGUAAGGUUUCUGCAUUUUCAUGGCAACUUCUUCAGGAUAAAAUACCCACUAAGGCAAAUCUCUUCAAAAGAGGUAUAAUUCAAAACUUGGAGGAGUGCAAAUGCGAAUUCUGUGGGUACCAAAUGGAGGAAACCAGCCAUAUAUUCACACAAUGUAAUGUGGCAUACGAUUUGUGGAAUGCUUGCUUCAGGUGGUGGGGAAUUAGAUCUGUGCUGGACAGAGAAGGGAGUAAAGUAUUCCAACAGCAUCCUUCGGCUCUCAAAGUGGCAGAAAUAAGAGAGGGCUGGAGAUGCAUAUGGUUAGUAGUAGUGUGGACAGUGUGGUUGGCAAGGAAUGAUAGCAUAUUUAAAGAAAAAAGAAGUUGACAAGAGCAGGCUGUUUGAACUGGUUCAGCUAAGAUCCUUCAGCUGGAUAAAAAGUAGGAAGAAAUGCUAUCUAUUUUCAUGGCCUGACUGGGUACAGGACCCGGUAUCCUGCUUAAGAGACGCUGAAGCAAGGAAAAGGAAAAACAGAGUGGCAAUAACAGAGUAAUCAACGU